CCCCCCGAAAGCUAGUUUGAGGCCCGGGUUUUUUCGGAUGCAUUCACCCCCUGGCCGCGUCUCAUAGGGAGCAACGCAGCACCUACGGGGGAUGUGAGUCGCAGCGGCAGCAUCGUCCACUCUCACCCGCUCCGCGAAUCCCGCCACUCAUUUUGUGCCGCCUUGCUGCCCACUGCCCUACGCAGACUUGUGCCAUCUCAGCCGCCCCUUUCCGUGAGCUCCUUCUCCCCCUUGACCAUGGCGCGGGCUCUCUCUCGCCGCGCGCUUUCCACCGCGCCUUGGCUCGGUCUAGCGCUGGUGCUGAUGCUGGCUGGAACGGUGGGGGUGGCAACUUUGUGGGAGGCAGCACCAGGUCGGGGGACGUUAGACGUCGGAGGGGGGGAACUGGUGCGCAGCAGGGACCCAAGGGGAGGGAUUGUUAGGGAAGAAGCGGCGGGGCCAGAAAGGAGGGUUUGGGUGAAGCAGCAAUGGAUGAGACGGAUGCUGAGAGCGGCUGAAGGGGAGAGAGGGGAGAGAGGCGAGCAGCAUGGCUCUAGUGACCGCAUGGACCUCCAUAGCGCUGCUGCUGCUGCCCCUUCUGCUGCUGUUGCUUGUGCCGCCCCUUCUGCUGCUGCCAUUGCUGCUGCUGUGGCUGCUGCUGCGGCUGCAGAUGGCGCUGAUAGUGGCAGUGGCAGCGGCAGCGUGUGGGAGGGACUGAGCACCUUGCAACCACAUGUGGGGACGGCCACAGUGGCCAACGCCUCGGGGUCCUCUCGUCCCUUCCAUCGGGUUCUCGCCUCGGGUGCUGCGGCGGUUGUGGCAGCACCAUCACAACCAUUAACUUUGCCCGCAGAGUGCAGGGACGGCAGCGCCGAGAAAGCAGUGGUGGUGACGACGUUCCGCUAUGACCAAGUUAACUUCCCCAUCGACCCGGUUCAUCCCGUGUACCCUUAUGAGGUCAUUCUGAACAACACGUGUCAGCAGCGGGCCAUCUCUCGCCUGACCAUCAACAUCGUCAGGAAGAACAGAUUUCGCUCCUACGUCCUCAUUCCGCGCUUGCAGUUCAUUGGAUAUGGCAAAGAUGAAAGAAACAGUCACGACAAUUAUCAAUUCCGGGUCCGAGCUCUUCAUGCCAUGCCUUGCACAUCAGCAUUGUGUGAACAAAUGAGCAUCUUGGAGAUGGGCGUGUGUCUUACUCCUUGCCAGGCUAACUUGCUUGGUCCUUCCUCCGUGCCGUGCCCUCCUUCCUCUGCUUGCUACUCCUUCUGCGUGUUUCCCCCCUGCUGCUCUCUCCUCUCUCCCUUUUAGUAUUCCCCCAUCCUCUCGACAUUUCUCCCUUCCUCCAACCCUCCCGGUCCCCCUCUCUUUGUCCGCCUGUCCGUCCGUCUGUCCCUCCCUCCCUCCCUCCCUCCCACACUUCUUCUCUCCCUCACUUCUCUCUCACACUACCCUUCCCAUCCUCCAACCUUACCCACCUCCACCUUAUCAUUGAUUGCCAUUCUGUCUCUCAACUCCACCAUUCCAAUUCCCCCUCGUAGGUACUCCCUCCCCUGGGUGCACCCAAUGACUCGGUGAUAAUCCCUCCAGGUGCCAUUCUCAAGUUCAACACUACUACACAGUUCUUGCACUUAAGCAUCACUGUUAUUGCAGCCACCUUCUCUCCUUAAGUCCUAUCGUAUUCCCUUGUAUUGAACACCCCAUGGAGGUAAUAAAGAAUACAUUGAAAUGUUGGGA